AAUAACUGGGCAGGAAAUUGUCCCUACCUCUGGGGCCUGUGAACUGAACUGCAGACCGUGUGUGUGCUUCAAGGCACCCAGAGACUGCUUCAGCUCCUUCUAAAAACCUUUAUGAAAGUUCCAUUAUCCAUGUAACAGUCCUUGAACAUGAACCAAAUGUGCAACCUCAGAAAAAUCAAUGAACAGACAGAGAGCCAAGUGUACUCUGCCAAACCCAAGUGGUGCUCGGCCAAAUCUCCCGAAUGGGAAGCACUGACAGAUACACCCAGCAGCUGCAGCUACAGCCCCACCCCACUGCAGUAACUCAGCACAAGAGCUUUGCUAAACUCCAGCAGAGUCUACAAGGCAGGGGGGAAAAUCCCUUUUAAGGAAGCAUUUCACGACAGUCAAGCUGUACAUGCCCAUUCCAUUCCUUGGACGAAGGAAGCACAAGCUACAUACAUGGUUCUGUUCCUUUCCCUGUUCUGAGCUUCUGCACCAGUUGUUAGCCAAAAAUAAACCCCAUUCCACAACCAUAUAUGUGCAACAGCCUCCUGGGGAGUGUGAGCCCCCUCCAGCACUGCUGUUACUCCACCCGGCCACGACACUCUGCCUCUGCUGCUGGGCAAUGCACAUAACCCAGCUCAACCGGGAAUGCCUUCUACAUCUCUUCUCUUUUCUGGACAAAAACAGUAGGAAAAAUCUGGCAAAAACAUGUCACAGGUUACUAGAAGUGUUUCAGGAUCCUUUACUGUGGUCUUUGUUGAACUUUCAUUCUCCAGUGGAACUAAAGAAGGAUAAUUUUCUCCUGGGACCUGCUUUAAAACACUUAUCCAUCUGCUGGUAUUCAGAGAGAGUCAAGGUGUGUAACAUUGAGGACUGGAUGAAAAACAGUUUCCAGAAAGACUUCUGUAAGAGGCAUGAGAACACUGUCAGUGAUUUUUUACUAGACGUUUGCAACAGAUGUCCAAAUCUGCUGUCUCUGACCCUCUCUGGAUGUGGCCAUGUUACAGAUGACUGCAUUUUGCAGCUUCUCAAGAACUGCCCGAACCUGAAGAGCCUCAAGCUGGAGAACUGUGUGCAGAUCACUGACCACACCCUGGAGGCAGUGACGCUCCACGGAGCAUCGCUGCGAACGCUCCACGUGGAUUUCUGCCGCAAUGUAACACAGGCUGGGCUAGAGAGAGUCAGGGAGAAGUGUCCUUCAGUGAUGCUGAGAGCAGACAGAAGUGCUAACAUGAUCCCAGACAGCAAGCCAGGAAAAAAGCUGAUGCUUGAAAAAGCAUCAAGAAAAUUGGUUCAGCUUUAAGGUGUGGGUAUUUUACCUCACUGAGGUAGCAAUGAACUGUUGCUACUUCCACGGGUUCUGGUCAAGUCCAA